CUGGGGCUAGAGGCAGGGGCAGAGGAGCAGGACGGGCUCCACCCCGCCGGCCCAGCGCCCUUCUGGCGGGGAGGUUCUAAGGGAACUAAUUGCAUCAGGAGCAGUAGCGGGAGAGGCGCAGGCUCCGCCCAGGACAUGACCCAUCCCUGGAGCCGGGCGGCCGCUACCGCUUCCCGUGAUUCCAGCCCCGGCAGGCAGCUCGCCGGGACGCGCUAUGGGAGCCGGGCGCUUCUUCCUCCUCCUGCUGCUGCUGGGGGUUGAAUCAUCAGCAAUAUCUGAGAGUAGAGCAGAGCCAAGCAGCCACAGCUGUGGUGAUGGAGAAUAUCUGCAUCAAGGCUACUGCUGUAAAUACUGUCCUGCUGGCACUUAUGUUAGUAAACACUGCAAGGUUCCACAUACUGAAGGAAUUUGUUACCCUUGCACAAAUGGAGAGGAUUAUACUGCUUAUGCAAAUGGCCUAGACGAAUGCAUACGAUGUAAACUGUGCAAAGAAGAUCAAGAAACUGUGAGCACCUGCACUUCGACGAGCAAUACUGAAUGUCAGUGCAAGCCAGGCUAUUUCUGUCCUACUCCAGGCUGUGAGAUGUGUUACAGAUGCAAGUCAAAGUGCCCAGAAGGGAAAGAAAUUGUACAAAAAUGCAAUGCUACAGUUGACCUGGAGUGUGGCCAUCCUCUCAUAGGGACUGCAACUACUGCAGGUUGGAUUGCUGGGGUCAUCGUUGUGUUCAUUGCUUUUGUGGCUGGGUGCCUUUUAUUUAAGAAAAGGAUAUCAUAUAAUAAAACAAAUAAAGAAAAUAAAGAUGCAGAAAAAGAUGUGGAGUCUGAGGAUAGCACUGAAAUUUUCUUUGCACCUGAAAUGGAGAAUGCUAACACUAGUGCACCCAUUUUAGAGAUCCAAAACUCUGUUCAGAGUCCACUAGUUUUAGCAGUUAAUAGUCCUGAUUCUGCACUAAGAAAUGAAUUGCCUGAGGAUACCAGUGUUGUAUUUUCUGAGAGAAGUGGCCUACUAAUAAAUGGUGAAAACAACUCAUGGGAAGAGUCUUACCACAGGGCUGCAGGAUAUUCAGCACCAGUAAAGCCUCCAGACAAGCCCAAUUUUGUCUUUUACCCUGGACAGUCAAAUGGUGGGAUGUCCGUAUCUCAGAUGGUCAGGGAUUCUGAAGCCAGGCCUCAUAUAAUAGUGAAAGAGCUUUCUCAAGAAGCAUUAAUUGAAAGUUUUUAUUAUUUUAUAAAAGAAGUGCCACCACGCGACUGGAACACGUUUAUGAGAACUCAUCUAACAGAUAAUGAAAUUGCUAAAACAACGUUUGAACAUCCAAAAAAUAUUGAAGAGCAAUAUUAUCAGAUGCUAAUCAUUUGGAGAAACAAAUUUGGAAAUGAGGCUUCCGUUAUUAAAUUAUUAGAUAGCCUAUGGAAUAUAGGCCUGAGAAGGUCUCAUGAAAACAUAGUAAACCAUUUAAUAAGUAAGGAUAUUAUAACUAUACUAGAGGCCAAAAACUAAUGAGUGUACUAUUAUCAACAAAAAACCCAAAACCAAAAGAAUCUGUAAACUCUAUAGCUAAAUAAAUGGAGCUAUACACCUAUCUCAUAGAGCUGGAAGGGACCCUGAAUGAUCAUCGAGUCCAGUCCCCUGCCUUCGCUAGCAGGACCAAGUACUGAUUUUGCCUCAGAUCCCUAAGUGAACUCACAGCCCUGGGUUUAGCAGGCCAAUGCUCAAAUCACUGAGCUAUCCCUCCCCCCCACCCCCAAUAUGUUUCUAUA